AUGGACCCGACCCAGUGGCAGUACCAGUUCCGAAUCAUCAUGCUAGGGGACUCCACGGUUGGCAAGUCGUCUCUUCUCAAGCGCUACACAGAGGACAACUUCCUGGAGGCCAUCAAUGAGACGGUGGGAGUGGACUUCUACGUGCACUUCUUAGAGGUGGAGCCAGGCGUCCGGGUCAAGAUGCAGUUCUGGGACACCGCAGGCCAGGAGCGCUUCAGGUCGGUGACCCGUUCAUACUACCGCAACUCCGUUGGAGGCCUGCUUGUGUUCGACCUGACCAAACGAGCAACGUUUGAGCACAUCCAGGACUGGCACGCCGAGGUGUGCGAGCACGUGCUGCCCCACAAGGUCCUAUUCGUACUGGUGGGCCACAAGAGUGAUGACAAGGGCAAGCGGGCUGUGAGCAGGGAUGAGGGCGAGAAGCUGGCUGAAAUCUUGGGCGUGCCGUAUAUAGAGGCCUCAGCCAAGACAGGUCACAACGUCAAGGAGACCUUUGAGCUCCUGGCUCGCCGGAUCUACCAGGGCCUGACGAGUGGGGAGCUGGAUCUGCAUGAGGGCUGGGAUGGGGUUAAGUGCGCCACGCCACUGGCUCUACAAGGACACAGGCGUAGCGUGACCCAGCCCGGCCCAGCACGCAAGAACAAAACAAAAUGCUGUGCCUAA